AAACGGCUCGCCGGAAGAGAGUGGAGGGUGUGUGCGUGGUUGUGGGCGAUUUUUAGUGUAAUGGGGGUAACUUCCUUUAAGCUUUUUACUUAGGAAUUCAAGGCAAAUACAGCCAACAGGUGCAUUGUAAGCACAGCUACAGCACCAUGAAUCGUGUUGAGGAUCUGGUUUUACAAUGGGUGAAUGUCCACAAGCUAGAAACUCCGGCGAAAAGUCUACGGGAGCUGCUGGAGCCCAGUGUGGCCCAUAUCAUUCUCAAGCCUUUUAACCUCAACUUCUGCACUGAUGAUGGCCAUAUCGUGGCAACACUGGAGAAGUUCAUCAAUGGCCGGUUUCCGAAGCAGCCGAUCAACUUUGUGCGCGUGCGCGCCGGUCAGCAGGACGAACUGCUGCGGCUCGGUGUUGUGCUGCUCUAUCUGUCCUGUGUGCAGACGCGCAACCCUGGCCUCCAGCAGCGGCUCACCAAACUACCCAACGCCGUACAGGAGGGUAUGCGGUUUGUGUUCGAGCGGCUGAUGAAGCGCGGGCAGGUGUCCCGUGAUGACGUCACAGAUGUCAUCAACUCCGUCGCGGAGAUGGUGCGACUACCCACCGAGGCACUGCGCCGCCUCACCGCUUCGCCCGUGUCGCCGGCGGCCCCCUCACCGACGCUCUACUCUUACUCGCCGGGAAAGUCGCCCCUGCAGGCUAUGUUCGAUUCGCCCGUGCUGCAGGAGGUGAUCCGACUGAGCCGUGCGCUCGACACCUCGGAGAAGGAAGUGAUAGCGCUCCGAGAGGCCAAGGCUCGCGCUGAGGACGAGACGGCUGAGGCACGCCUGGAGGCUGAGCAGUACGCUCAACGCGUCGCCGACCAGCGGUCAAAGUCUGAGCAGCUGCGGGAGCGACUCGAUGAGAAGCGUCAGGAGAUUGCCGAGCUCCAGGCUAAACUGGGCGACCACGGUCAGAUGCCGCUGACGGAGGAGCAUCGGCGCCGACUCCGAGAGCACAAGUCACUGCUGAAGGAGAAUGAACAGCUCCGAUGUCAACUGUUGGACGCUACCACCGAACGGGACGACUUCAGCGCAAAGCUGGAGCGGGUGCGCGCCACCCAGCAGCGCUCUGUGCAGGAGACGCUGGCGCUGCAGCGCGCUCUGGCCGCCGCCGAGGUGAGCCAGGUGCAGCUGGUUGAGCAGAACGACUCGCUGACGGGCCGGCUGACGCAGCUGGAACACGAGCUGCUCAUCAGCAGCCAGAUGAUCCAUGAUCUGCAGGCGCGCCCGCCCAGCGACGAAUCGAUGGACCAGUCGCUUCCCAGCCCGGCCGGCCCGGCCGCCGGAAACCUGGCUGCCGAGCUGGCCGUUGCCGAGAACGCCGACCUGCGGACACAGGCCGAACAGCUGGACCGGGAGCUGCGCGCGGCGCGCACCCAGACCCAGCAGCUACAGGAGGCCGCUGAGAAACAGCAGGAGGCGCUGCGCACAGCGCGCGCAGAAACCCGCGAGAUCCAGACGCUGCUCACGAGUGCCAAGUCUGAAGCUGAUUCUGCCCUGGAAGAGAAGGACAAAACUAUCGAGAACCUUCAGACCCUGCUUCAAAGUGCCAAGGCUGAGGCUCAUUCUGCUCUUCAGCAGAAAGAAGAGAGCAUCAAGAACGUUCAGGAUGCUCUGGAAAAAGCCGAGUAUGAGCUACAGUGUGCGCACCACCAAAAGGAAGAAGCCGUGCAGACACUCCAGCUGUCUCUUCAGAGUGCCAAAGCUGAGUUCGAAUCUGUCCUUGAGGAGAAGAAAAACAUCAUUAAGAACUUUGAGACCUCCCUGGAGUGUGCCAAGGCCGAAGCUCAGUCUGCCCUCGAACAGAAGGAACAGGUCAUUCAGGAUCUUCAGACUCGCCUCCAGAGUUCCCAGGCCGAGGCUCACUCUGCGAUCGAGCAGAAAGGAGAGGAAAUCCGAGCUCUCCAAAGCUCACUGGAGUGCGCCAAGGCCGAGGCUCAGUCCGUUCUUGCUCUGAGGGAGGAGACUAUUCAGAAGCUCCAGGUCACACUGGAUAACGAAAAAACUGAGGCCCUGUCUGCUCUCAAAGAGAAGGACGAGGCUGUUCGAAACCUUCAAACAUUGCACCAGACCGCCAUGGCUGAGGCUCACUCUGCCCUGGAGCAGAAGGAAGAGAGCCUGAAGAACCUUCAGGUAGCAUUGAAAGCAGCCCAGGACGACGCCCAGUCUGUUCUCAAACAGAAAGAAGAGGCCAUCGGGAACCUUGAGGCUGCACUACAGAGUAUGAAGACUGAGACUCGGACUCUCCUUCAACAGAAAGAAAACGUCAUCCAGGACCUUGAGACGUCCCUGACGAACGCGAAGGCGGAUGCUCAGUCCGCCCUGGAACAAAACGAAGAGACAAUCCGGAAUCUCGAGUCCUCGCUCGAAAGUGCUAAGACUGAAAGUCAGUCUGUUGCUGAGAAGAAGGAAGAGGCCAUUCAGAAUAUGCAGACGUUACUAGAAAGUGUCAAGGCUGAAGCUCAGUCAGUUCUUGAAGAGAAAGAAGAGGCCAUCAAGAACCUUGAAACCUUGCUCGAGAGGUCCCUCACUGAAGCCCAGUCUGCCCAAGAGCAGAAGGAGGAGGCCAUCCGGAACCUGGAGGCAGCACUUGAGACUGCAAAGGCUGAGAUUCAGUCUGUCCUGGAGAAGAAGCAAGAGGCCGUCCAGGAGCUUCAAGCCAGCUUGGAAAAUGCCAAGAUUGAGGCUCAAUCUAACCUCGAGCGAAAGGAACAGACUAUCCAGAACCUCGUGACCUCACUAGAGAGUGCGAAGUCUGAGGCACAGUCUGCUCUUGAAGAAAAAGAUGGGGCUAUACAGAACCUUGAAACACUGCUGAAAACCUCCAAUGCUGAAACCCAUGCUGUCCUCGAGCAGAAAGAAGAGACGAUCCAGAAGCUUCAGGCUACACUGGCAAACGAAAAAGCUGAGGCCCUGUCUGCUCUCAAAGAGAAGGAUGAGGCUGUUCGAAACCUUCAAACAUUGCACCAGACCGCCAUGGCUGAGGCUCACUCUGCCCUGGAGCAGAAGGAAGAGAGCCUGAAGAACCUUCAGGUAGCAUUGAAAACUGCCCAGGUCGACGCCCAGUCUGUUCUCAAUCAGAAGGAAGAGACCAUCAAGAAUCUUGAAGCUGCAUUAAAGAGUAUGGAGACUGAGACUCAGACUCUCCUUCAACGGAAAGAAAACGUCAUCCAGGACCUUGAGACGUCCCUGAAGAACGCGAAGGCGGAUGCUCAGUCCGCCCUGGAACAAAACGAAGAGGCAAUCCGGAAUCUCGAGUCCUCGCUCGAAAGUGCUAAGGCUGAAAGUCAAUCUGUUGCUGAGAAGAAGGAAGAGGCCAUUCAGAACAUGCAGACAUUGCUAGAAAGCGUGAAGGCUGAAGCUCAGUCAGUUCUUGAAGAGAAAGGAGAGGCCAUCAAGAAUCUGGAGACCUUGCUCGAGAGGUCCCGCACUGAAGCUCAGUCUGCCCAAGAGCAGAAGGAGGAGACCAUCCGGAACCUGGAGGCAGCACUUGAGACUUCAAAGGCUGAGAUUCAAUCUGUCCUGGAGAAGAAGCAAGAGGCCGUCCAGGAGCUUCAAGCCAGCUUGGAAAAUGUCAGGGCUGAUGCUCAGUCUGCUCUUAAGGAGAAGGAUGAUGCCAUACAGAACAUGCAAGCCCUCCUCCAGAGUUCUAAGAUUGAAUCUCAUUCCACCCUCCAACAGAAAGAAGAGGCCAUCCGAAACCUUGAGACCUCACUGCAGAGUGCCAAGGCCGAGAUUCAGUCGAUCCUGGAGACGAAGGAAGAAACUGUUCAAAGCCUAGAGACUUCUCUGAAGAGUGCGAAGGCAGAUGCUCAAUCUGCCAUGGACCAGAAGGAUGAGCAAAUCGGACUGCUGCAGACCUCUCUGGAAAGUGCUAAGACUGAGGCUCAGUCGAACCUAGAAGCGAAGGAAGAGACCAUUCAAAACCUCCAGGCCUUGCUAGAGAGUGCGAAGACCGAGGCUCGAUCUGUCCUCGAAGAGAAGGAAGAAACUAUCAAGAACCUUCAGACAACCCUGAAGGGUGCCCAAGAUGACGCUCAAUCUAUCGCUGAGCAGAAGGAAGAGACCAUCCGUGGUCUCCAGGCAUCCCUAGAAAGCGCCAGGGCCGAAACCCAGUCUUUGGUCGAAAAGAACGAGGAGACCAUACAGAACCUUGAGCUUUCACUGAAGAACGCCAAGGCGGAUGCUCAAUCUGCCCUCGACAAGAAAGAAGAGACUAUACAAAACCUGCAGACCUCUUUGGAAAAGGCCAAGUCUGAGGCUCAAUCUGAGCGCGUGGUGAAGGACGAGACUGUUCAGAAACUUGAGACUUCGCUAGGAAGUGCCAAGGCUGAGGUUCAGACUAUUCUAAAAGAGAAAGAAGAUGCCAUCCAGAGCAUUCAGGCCUUGCUUGAGAGUUCUAAGGCUGAGGCGCAGUCUGCCCUCGAACAGAAAGAGGAGACCAUUCGCAGCCUCGAGACUUCCCUUGCGAGUGCUAAGGCCGAAGCUCAGUCUGUGAUCAAUGAGAAAGAAGACGCCAUCCAGAGCCUACACGAGUCGCUGGAGAGCGCCCGGGUUAAAGCCAAGUCUGACCUGGAUGAGAAGGAAGAGACCCUCCAAGAACUCAAGUCUUCACUGGAUACUGUGAAGGCCGAAGUUCAGGCUAUCGUGGAGCAGAAAGAGGAGGAACUCCGGAACCUCCAGACAUCACUAGAGAGCGUCAAGUCCGAGCUGAAAACGGUGCGCGCCGAGUCUGAGCGCCUGACGCAGUCGCUGCGGACGGAGGUGGAGGAGGCGCGGUCUCAGAUGGAGCGGGCGCAGAGCGAGCAGCGCACUCAGCACCUGCAGCUGCAGCGCCUGCGGCUGGAGAACCGCCAGCUGGCCGAGCAGCGAGACGGCGCCGACCGGCAGGCCGCCGAGCGGCUGCGCGCAGACCUCGAGGACCAGAUCAAGGCCGAGUGCCAGGAGACGUUCAACACCGUCUUCCGCAAGACGCGCGACGAGAUGACGGCCAAGGCGGCGUCCGAUCUGAAGCGCCAGGCGGCCACUUACGACCGCGAGGUCAGCCGUCUGUCUAGCGAGAACCGCGCGCUCCUCGACAAGAUCAAGCAGCUGAGUGGCGUGUCGGACCAGGCUCGCUCCGGGUACGAGAGCCGUAUCACGCAGCUGGAGCAGGCGCUGCGGCGCUCAGAGUCGGAACGGAAGACGCUGGACGCGCAGCUGGCCCUGGCCGACCGCCGGCUGCGCGACAUGGACCGUCGCGGCUCGACGGCCGGCAGUCCGCGCCCGCGCUCCGAGGCGGCGCGCCCGCGCAGCGCGCUGGUGGCCUCCACGUCUGAGGUGCUGCGCCCGACACACGAGGGCAUGCCGCCGCCGGAGCGGCUGCCCAAGAGCGUCAGUCACGGGGAGGUGUAUGCGCGGCCGUCGCUGCCGCCGGGCGCCGGCGCGCUGUUCCCCUGCAAUGAUGAGGAGCCGGAGAUCUUCAGCUCGUCCUACCUCGGCGUGCAGGAAGGACGCUGUGAGGUGGACUACCUGGGUCGGAUGAGCGAGCUGCAGCGGCGCAACUCGCUGAUGCCGCCCCACCUGCGCUCGUGCUACGCGCCGGAGAUCAAUGUGCUUGGCCAGGCCUCGGCCACCAUGUCGGAGAAUGAACUACGGAACGGUGACGACAUCUCGCGCCUGAGCGCGCGCACGCGCCGCGUCACUCUGGACUCGCCGGCGGCCAACACGCGCUCGGCCAAACGCAAGUCGGCCGAGAGCGCUGCCGACGUGCUCUCUGACAGCCUGGACAGCAACUCGAGCACGUGCAGCAUCAACAGCAAGCGCCGCCGGCGUGAUCAGCUGCAGACGUCGUACGCGCGCCCGAGGCGCGGCAACCUGACCCCGGCCAAAAACAUCAAGCCGGGCGACGACGACAGCCUGAGCAGCACGCGCGCCAGCUUGACCAGCCAGGAGCUGCCCGUGGACGUGCCGCCGGCCGCCGAGCCGCCCACCCCGCUGCUGGAUGUCGGUCAGCAGCGCAAAAAGGCCAAGACGCCCUCGUUUAAAAAGCUGUUCCGGUCGGCACGAGCAACUAAAGAGAACCACAGAGCCUCGGAUAGGUCCAUCGACGGCUCCUACACGUCCAUAGGCAGCACGUCGUCGCUGCACGCUUUCAACACGUCCAACGUGUCGCAGAAGGCUGCCAGAUCGCGCAGCGUCAAAAAUCCCUUCAACUCGUCGCGGGUGUAUAACGUGCAGAACAAACUACUGCCGCGGAAAUGAGACCAGCAGCUUCAUAAUCAUUGUCAAUCGUCAGUAGUCUUCCGCGGAGCUUUUAGUCACCGUUUUAACUUGUAUAGUCACGCCGUAACUUGUAUAGUACCGUAUCUGACUUUGAAAUAAAUACGUGCUUAGUC